ACGCGUUGGUGCAGCGCGGUGUGGUCACCGCAUUCCACAGGCGAGGGGCGGAGGGAGUAGCGCGCCUGCCCUUGUAAGGCAACGGCGGGAGUUUCCUGCUCGCGCCGGUGGGCGGGGCCUCUCCUGCUGGCCCCGCCCCCGGCCCGCCCCGGCCCUACUCGAGGCUCGCGGGGGCUGAGGGUCCCUACGGCUUCCCAGGGCCUCCCUGCCGCCUUCCAGCGCCGCCAGAGUGGUGCUCCCGGCCUCCUGCUCCGCCUUCCCGAGGGGCUCACUGCGGCCAGGUCUUUCUGCCGGAGGAACAAGUCCCGUUCUCAGCCGCUUGUGGCUGUGCGGGGCCGCGCGGUGCCGGGGCGAGCCGGUAACCCGGAACCACAGAGCCACAGGGUGGGUCAGGCUGGGAGGGACCGCAGUGGGUCAUCUGCUGCAGCCGCUCCGCUCGAGCACAUGGCACAGGAUUGCACCCAGACGGUUCUUAACAUCUCCAGUGAGGGAGACUCCACACCCACUCUGGCCUGCCUGUUCCAGUGUGUGGUCACCCACACAGUAAAGAAGUUGUUCCUCAUAUUCAGGUGGCAGUUCCUGUACAUCUUAUUCCUUGGCACCACCAAGAAGCACCUGGGUCCAUCCUCUUGACUCUCUCUUCAAAUACUUACAUUUAAAAGGUCCCGUCUCAGACAUCUCUCCUCGAGGCUGAACAGCCCCAAUUCCCUCAGCCUUUCCCCACAGGAAAGAUGCUCUAGUCCCUUAAUCGACUUUGCAGCUCUAAACAGCCCAGCACAUAGUAUGGCACUGUCCUGCAUGCUCAGCAGGUGCUGGUGUGUCUGGAAGAUCCACAGAUGAUCACAGAACAUCCUGACUUGGAAGGGACCUACAGGGAUCAUAGAAGUCCAGCUCCUGGCCCUGCACAGGACACCCCAAGGAUCACACCUUGUGCCUGGGGGCAUUAUCCAAACACUUGUUGAAUUCUGUCAGGCUUGGUGUUGUGACCACUUCCCUGGGAAGCCUGUUCAGUCCCCGGCCAUCCUCUGGAAGAAGAACCUUUUCCUUACAUUAUCCAGUUUAUUUACACUCAGAAAAGUGUGGUGAAACCCAGAAUUGGAAGGCAUCCAUGAUGUCUCUACCGUUCUACCAAAGACACCACGAGCACUAUGACCGUGCGUACCGCCACAAAGCGCUGUCGUCCACCGUGAGCCAGUACCAAAAGGAGACAAAGAGCAAAUCCGCCGUCUACGCUCAAGGAUCUGCAGCUUACGCCAGGGGCUCCACAGCCUACCGCCACUCCUCGGCAGCAGGCUUCAGCCUGGACUCCUCAGCAGCUUACAGCCACGGCUCCUCAGCCUACGACCUCGAGUCGGCAGCCUACAGCUAUGGAUCCGCUGCCUACGACCGCUCUGCUGCGCAGAGUAAGAGGUCUGCAGCCUACAGCCUUGACUCUGAGUCCCUCAGCACCAGCUCAGCUGCCUACAGCCACGCAUCUGAAUCCAUCAACAAGCUGGCUGCAGCCUACAGGCUGGGGUCUGAAGCCUACAGUCUUGGCCUGAAAAAUUCCAACUUAAUGAUAGAAGAUCAAUCCUAUAAGAUGAGUCCCAAAGCAAAGAGAGCAAAACAGAGUUUGAUAUCAGAGGACAAAGAGAACGAAGCCUUAGACUACUCAGUGCCCAUAUUCACAGGACGAGAAGUGAAUAUCAGUGGUAUCACAGACACUGAAGAAGAGAGAAUUAAAGAAAGUGCUGCCUAUGUUGCCAAGAGGAACCUUUUUGCCACGGGGGAAGGAGUUAGUGUCAGCAAGGUGGCCAAGACAACUUCUGAAGAGGAACAUCACGAAAAAAAAUCAAGGAAAGUGGCGAUCCGGGAGUCUGCUGAACGUGUAGCCAUGAGGAAAACGCUAGAAGAGACUCAGGCAUUCCAUAAAAAGUUGAAUCAAGAUAAACUUUUACAUGCUCCUGAAUUUAUCAUUGAGCCUCGUUCCCACACUAUCUGGGAAAAGGAGAAUGUUAGAUUUAAUUGUUCUGUGGCUGGCUGGCCCGAACCUCGUGUUACAUGGUACAAAAACAAUGUGCCCAUUGAUGUACAGGCUCACCCUGGCAAGUAUAUCAUUCAAAGUCGAUAUGGGCUGCACUCCCUGGAGAUUACUGAAUGUGAAUUUGAUGACACUGCCCAGUAUCAUGCCUCUGCUAUGAAUGUGAAAGGAGAAGUUUCAGUUUAUGCUUCCCUCGUGGUAAAGAGGUACAAAGGAGAAAUUGACGCAAGCCUUUUGCAUGCUAGAAAUCUUUCCCUCUCUCCCUUUGCCGUUACCCCUCAUGGCUAUGCUUCCAGAUUUGAAAUCAGCUUUGUCGACAAGUUUGAUGUAGCCUUUGGGAGAGAAGGUGAAACAAUGAGUAUAGGCUGUACAGUUGUCAUCAAUCCUGACAUCAAGCGCUUCAAACCAGACAUUGAGUGGUACAGAAAUGGAGUUCUUAUUACACCAUCCAAAUGGGUGCAGAUGCAGUGGAGUGGGGAGCGAGCUUCAUUGACGCUGACCCAUGCAAACAAGGAGGACGAGGGCCUUUACACGCUCCGAGUGGCGAUGGGCGAGUACUACGAGGAGUACAGCGGCUACGUCUUCGUGAGAGAUGCUGAUGCUGAAAUCCCUGGAGCCCCUGGUGCACCACUGGAUGUGCAGUGCUUAGAUGCCAACAAAGAUUAUGUCAUUGUCUCCUGGAAGCAGCCCGCUGUUGAUGGAGGAAACCCCAUCCUUGGAUAUUUCAUUGACAGGUGUGAGGUUGGUACCUCCCACUGGACCCAGUGCAACGAGAAUCCCGUGAAGUUUGCCCGUUUUCCUGUCACUGGUCUGAUUGAAGGCCGUUCCUACAUCUUCCGAGUCCGCGCUGUGAACAAAGCUGGUGUCAGCCUGCCGUCCCGGGUGUCAGAGCCCGUGGCUGCUCUGGAUCCUGCUGACAGAGCCAGGCUUAAAAGUCACCCUUCUGCUCCUUGGACUGGACAGAUUAUUGUGACUGAGGAAGAACCUGCAGAGGGUGUUGUUCCUGGUCCCCCCACAGACCUCCAAGUUAUUGAGGCCACCAAGAACUAUGUUGUGCUUAGCUGGAAACCUCCUGGACAACGGGGCCAUGAGGGUAUCAUGUACUUUGUGGAGAAGUGUGUUGCUGGCACAGAGGACUGGCAAAGGGUGAACACCGAGAUCCCUGUGAAGUCCCCUCGCUUUGCUGUUUUUGAUUUGUCUGAAGGCAAAUCCUACUGCUUCCGAGUUCGCUGCUGCAAUUCAGCUGGAAUCGGUGAACCCUCGGAAGCAACUGAAGCCACUGUAGUGGAUGACAAACUCGAUAUUCCCAAAGCUCCUGGCCGUAUUAUGCCAACCAGGAAUACAGAUACUUCAGUUGUUGUCACUUGGACAGAGCCCCCAGAUGCCAAGGAGCUGGUUGGGUACUACAUUGAGUCAAGUGUGGAAGGAUCUGGUCGUUGGGAACCAUGCAACAACAAUCCAGUGAAAGGCACAAGAUUCAUUUGCCACGGGCUCAGCAAUGGUGAGAAGUACGUUUUCAGAGUCAGAGCUGUUAAUGCAGCGGGGCUCAGUGAAUUUUCACAGGAAUCAGAGCCUAUAGAGGUGAAAGCAGCCAUUGGGGGAGGAUUGCUUCAUGGUGUGUGUCCUGAACUGAGUGGUAAAGCUGCUGGACUAACAGACCGCACUACCAGCUGGGAAGGCAUGCAUGAGGCCUCCCAGCCUAUCUUUGACACAGAUGCUUUGCUAAAAUGCAAUGCUAAAUUUGAUAGAGAGACACUGCCCAGUAGCUGUGGCAAACUGGACAGUACACAAGACAGUAACACGAGAGAAAUGGUUAAGGAGCCUGCAUCACAAAAAGUUGCUGCUAAGCAGGCAAGUAAGUCUCGACCCAGGGAUCUUUUGACAGUGGAAAAAGUUACAAAGAAGAAAGAUACAGCUGCUCCAUCCCCACCGUACGACAUCGUGGUGCUCGAGAGCGUCCGUGACUCGAUGGUGCUGGGGUGGAAACAACCCGAAGCCAUUGGUGGAACUGAAAUUACCGGCUACUACGUGAACUACAGGGAAGUGGUGGAUGGAGUUCCUGGGAAGUGGAAGGAGGCCAACAUUAAGGCUGUCACAGAGAGGGCAUACAGGAUCCAAAACCUGAAGGAGAACAUGGUGUACCAGUUCCAGGUGGCUGCUGCUAACCUGGCGGGGGUUGGGGCACCCUCCAAACCCAGCAAGCCCUUCAAAUGUGAAGAGUGGACCAUUGCUGUGCCUGGGCCACCCCAUGAUGUCAAAUGCACAGAAGUUAGGAAGGACUCUCUGGUUUUACUGUGGAAGGAACCAGUUUAUUCUGGUCGUAGUCCCGUAGUUGGUUAUUAUGUUGAUAUGAAGGAAGCUAAUGCAAAGGAGGAACACUGGAGAAGUGUCAAUGAGAAGCCACUUCAAAAGAAAUUCUUGAAGAUUGGUGGCCUGACACAAGGUGUGAGCUACGUGUUUCGUGUGCGGGCAACAAACCAGGCUGGCGUUGGGAAACCGUCAGAUGUCACAGAUGCUGUCACAGCUGAAACACGACCAGGAACCAAGGAAGUGGUGGUUGAUGUAGAUGACAAUGGAGUCAUUUCCUUGAACUUUGAAUGUGAUCAGAUGUCUCCAGAUUCUAAGUUCAUUUGGUCCAAGAAUUAUGAACCAAUUGAGGAUGACUCUCGACUGAACAUCGAUACCAAAGGCGGAAAAUCAAAACUCUCCUUUAAAGAUCUUGGAGAAGAUGAUUUGGGAAUUUACUCUUGUAUUGUUACAGACACUGAUGGAGUUUCAUCAAGCUACACAAUUGAUGAGGAAGAAAUGAAACGCCUGCUUGCUCUGAGCCAUGAACGCCAAUUUCCAACUGUCCCACUUACCUCUGAGCUGGCAGUGGAAAUCUUGGAAAAAGGAGAAGUGAGAUUCUGGCUGCAAGCUGAAAAACUGUCUGGCAAUGCAAAGGCCAACUUUGUAUUUAAUGAUAAGGAGAUUUUCAAUGGAGAGAAAUAUAAAAUGAAGGUGGACCACAAUACCGGCCUUGUUGAAAUGAUUAUGGAUAAACUUGAGGAAAAGGAUGAAGGCACUUACACGUUCCAGCUGCAGGAUGGAAAAGCAACCAAUCAAUCUAGUCUUGUCCUCAUCGGUGAUGUAUUCAAGAAGCUACGGGAUGAAGCAGAUUUCCAGAGAAAAGAGUGGCACAGGAAACAAGGUCCUCAUUUUGUGGAUAAACUGGGAUGGGAAGUUACCGAUGAGUGUAAUGUGAUGUUGAAAUGUAAGGUGGCUAAUAUUAAGAAGGAAACACACAUUGUGUGGUACAAAGAUGACAGGGAGAUAAUGGUAGAUGAAGAACAUGACUUUAAGGAUGGCGUGUGUACUCUGCUGAUAUCAGAGUUUUCUAAGAAAGAUGCUGGCACUUAUGAAGUCAUACUGAAGGACGACAGAGGAAAGGACUCCAGUGAGCUAAAACUCAAGGACACAGCUUUUGCAGAUCUGAUGAAUGAAGUAUGCAGAAGGAUUGCUUUAUCUGCAACAGACCUGAAAAUCCAAAGCACAGCUGAGGGUAUCAGACUGUACUCCUAUGUUACUUAUUAUGUGGAAGAUUUGAGAGUAGGCUGGGUGCACAAUGAUACCCAGAUUAAGUUCACAGACCGAAUGAGGACUGGUGUCACUGGGGAGCAGAUCUGGUUGCAGAUCAAUGAGCCAACUCCACAGGACAAAGGCAGAUACAUCAUGGAACUCUUUGACGGCAACACAACGCACAAAAAGACCGUGGAUCUUUCUGGGCAAGCGUUUGAUGAAGCCUUUGCUGAGUUCCAGAGACUAAAGCAAGCUGCGAUUGCAGAGAAAAAUCGUGCACGGGUACUUGGAGGUUUGCCCGAUGUUGUCACUAUCCAGGAGGGCAAGGCACUUAAUCUUUCUUGCACUGUCUGGGGAGAUCCCACCCCAGAGGUCUCAUGGCUGAAGAAUGAAAAGUCAUUUGUAUCAGAUGCCAAUUGCAUCCUGAAGUUUGAAUCUGGAAAAAACGUCAGCUUUUCCAUUACUACUGUGUCCACACAAGACUCUGGGAAAUACAGCAUUGUGGUGAAGAACAAGUACGGCACAGAGACCAGCGACGUCACCGUGAUUGUGAUGCCUGUGUCAGGGCAGACUGACACAGUCCAAGGACACAAUCAAAAUAAUCAAAAUAAUAAAACUGUAUCUAAAAAGAAAAAAGGAAUGACAGCAAGCAAACAAAAGGAAGGGGGAAAGAAAGAUUUUAUUAAGCCACAAGUAGAAGAAAUUACUGCUACAGAAGAGACACCUGAUCCAAAUGAAAUGCCCCCUGUGGAAAUGGCAAAGGAUACAAAAAGCAACCAACAAGCAGCAAAGAAGACUGCUGGAAAGGCAGGAGUAGCAGAAAAGGUUCCUCAACCCACAGAAACCUUGGAUAGGCAGGGAAAGAAACCACCAGAAAAAGCAGCCUUGGGUACAUCCCACUGAACUUGAAUGAAGAAUGUGAUCCUGUCACGAACAGGAUAAUAAGUUCAACCUGAGAUUUCAUGAGUGGUAUCUUAACCAUAAUAUUUUAACACAAAAGGUUUUUUGGUGGUUUUUUUGGGGUUUUUUUUUUUUGUUUUUUUUGUGGGGUUUUUUUUAUAACAUUUGUUCUAUUUCCUAACUUGAAAUUUAAAUGCAUAGUAGAUGGCACUUUUGUCUCAGUAUCAGAUAACUGCACUGCAGGAAUUUCUAAGUAUUUGAAUAAUGAUACAUGUACUGUCAAUGUGAAUUUAAUUACUAAAAAAUGUCCAUUGUAAGCAGAGUUCAUUAGAGCAAAUCCUGUCCAGAACUGAUGUAUUUACUACAGUGUAAAGGGAUGCUGGUAUCAGUUACAUGGAUGUGUUAAUCAUUCUUUGUAGGUCGUCACAGCUUGAGGCAGAUGCUGCUUACUUUUUCAAGGAAAUUAUAUAUACAGUACUCCUCAUGCCAUGUGGGCUCUACUUUUCCCCAUGACCAGUUUGGCCACAGUGGAAGAUCUCCAAAACCAGAACCAUCUCCUAUGGGUGCAUGGGGGGGCAUAAAUAGUUUGCCUUUGAUCCAAGUUUCUUCCAUGCCAACCUCUUUCACCAGGUGGAUCAGGCCCACAUCUGGCCAUUUCUUAUCACCAAGGCUCACUUGACUGCUUUCCAGUCCUCUCCACUAAUUCUCUUAAAGCCUUCAUGAGUUACUGUGGAUAUAGCAUUAACCCAUGAAGAAUCAGCUGCCCCACAUGCUGAUUUUCCUCCACAACUUUUGCCACAGCACUCAGAUUUCUGAUAAACCCACCGCUUUUCUUCUUCAGUGGCUCAGCCCAAGACUACUCCUUCUUCCACUCACUAUCACCCUAUCCAUAUAAGAGAGUGUAGCUUCAUGGUCAUGUAAGUAAGGAAUAAAUGCAAGGCAAGAAUCUCUGCAUUAAACCAUUGCUGUGCUCAUUCACAUUCAUUACUGUGUUCAUUCACAUGUUUAUGUACUGAGGAUAUAGGAAAAUAUGACUCAUUUGCAAAUGCUUAGAUACCAUGGAAGAAGCAGAGUUCAAGCUGAAAAACAAACCAAUAAAAAUAAAGGUCAGAAUUAAUUUUGUUGCUAUGCAAGCUGAGUUCAACUUUAAAAUGACCAGAAGUUAAAAAAAACACAAGAAAUUAAGAUAUUUUAAUUACUAGGAAAAUAUUCAUAUUGUUUUCAACUCUAAGAAGGCUCAGUCAUGUUGUAUUGUCUUCUUCCAGAUGGAUUAUUGAUGAAAGGUCACUGAAUUCCACUGGUAUUUCUAGGUGAUGGAUCUAUGACUAAUGUAGAAAUACUGAAAACACAAGAAAUACCCGUUUCCAUCCAUCUUUAUAGAACUGGUAGCAUAAGAAAGCAAAGAGUCUCAAUAGCAUGUAAAUGCAUAGAAGUCAACACGCUGACAUCCUGGAUGUGAAGAAAUUCAUUUCUUUCUAGUAAAAUUCCAAUAGGAUUCUAUUCAACUCUUUUUAAAACCAACAGAAAUUUUCUGGUUGGAUAAAAUACUGGAUAGAACACUUAUAUGUAGGUAAGUAGAGUAAUAAAGUUUCUGUAAACAAUGUAAAGGGUUUAAAUAACUUGGAUGGUCUAUAGAGAGUGACAGAAGGACGUAGGAUGCAACAGAGAAAAAAUUGUAGAAAUCAAAAUCCUGACUUCUACACAAAAUGGUGUUGGGAGAAACUUAAAUGCAGACUGAACUACAACUAAAAUCAUCCAACUACACUUAAGUACUGUUUGACAUUGAGCUUGACUCAGUUCUCCAUCACAUAAUUUUCUAAAUCUAUGUGUUAUAGCCCAGCAGUGAAGGACAUAAGCUUAGGUCCCACAGAGAAAUGCAGUAAGGAGCAUUUCCAUGGCAGGACACCCCAAUGCAAGUAAUUUCUCAUGCAAUUAUUACAGAAAAUGAGAAAUAUCUAGAGAUAUCUGUGCAAUUCUAUCAUUCUGUCAGAGUUACAGAGAGUGGCCCUUCAAAAGCAGUACAAAGCUGCAAGUUGUUUCACACAAGUCUCCCUUGCCAUGGCAAUUAUUUCAAGCUGCCUUACAUCUGUAAAGAUCCAUCACCUCUCACAGCUCUUGGGGCUGGGAGCCUGUCUGCCACAAACACCAACAGCAGUAAGUUAUAUAUAGAACAGGCUGUACCACCGAGAGCCUGAUCCAAUUCCCGCAAAGCGCCGCAGGGGUCUUUUCAUUAGCUCUAAUAGAAAUCAAGCUGGAUCUCAGAAGAAUGUUCUAAAAAUGUCCCAAAUCUCAGAUUACAAAGCCCAUUUUUCUCACCGUGAAGCCAACAGCAGAUCUCUCUUUUGUGUCACUGUAGCAGAAUCACAUCUUAGCUUUUUGCUGCAAGAAAAAUCACUAUUUUCCUGAUAUUUCAGAUACAAAACCUACUGGAAAUAGGUUUAACAUUUUAAACUAAAAUGUACUAGAGUUUGGGUUUUUUUUUUUGUUAAAUCUGGAUGGUUCCUCAUAAACCUGGAAAUGAAGUCACAUCAGUAUUGUUCUACAGGAAUACAUUUGUUAUCCAGAAGAAGAGUGUAGUUAUGCACAGUAAUGAGAGAAAUAAGUCAAAGACUACCCUCCCUUUUUAAUUUUAUUUAAGCUGUAGUGGUUCACAAAUAUAUAACAAAAUGUUCAAAAUUAAUAUUAACAGAAUUGCCGAGUAUACUAAAGCUUAUUAUGUUACCAUGGUUAAAUAAUUUCUUUCUUGAAUUAUAAAUGUAUUAUUUAUAUUCUGUUCUCCAUUGUAAGUAUGAAAAAUUUUUUCUGUCUCUGCACAUUGCAUAACGAUAGAAUGCAAAUUAUUUCUGUAGCAACAGGAUCUCCUAUCAAACACACAAUCAUUUGACUACAUUUAAACUCAGGCACUGAAUGCAAUAUUUAUCUGAAGUGCACUUCUCUUUAUUUUCUUAUUUCACACCUAAAUGUUCCCUUUCUGCAUAUAUUUCCCUUUCUAUAUAUUCUUUAUAUUCAAAUUAAUAAUUCGUCUAGAAAUUCAUGUCCUCGUGUUAUAAUAACUGUAUUUAACAACAAGAGGAAGUGUUGCACCAAGCUACAUUAUCCAGUCACCUUCCAAAACCACAAAGGAUGAUUUUUGAAGAUGAAAAAAGAUGAGGAAAAUAGGCUUUGACUUCCACUGCAGUAAAGGCACUGUGAUUCCAGCUGUCCUUGAAUUCUUCUGGAUUUGUUAGCCCAUUAUUGAGAAAGAUCUGUCUGUGCUCUGAGACUGACAGACAUAAUUUGGUAAUACAUUAAACCAUAAUCUUCAAAGCAGCUAGUUGUAAACUGAGAUCAUCCUUAUACUAGCAUAGCACUUCUGCUCUUUGCCCUUGAACAACAGUUAUAAGGUAAAUGCAUAAAUGACUUUCCAUUUAAUCUGCACUUAUAUGGGACAGACACCCACAACAACUCUUUCCCCACAGUUUUUUGUUUGUGUUUUUUUGUCUUGCUAAAAGGACAGUAAGUUUUUAAGAAUUGAAGCAAAAUGUUGCCCAGGGGAAAGUGUCACAAAAGCUGUAAAGAGAAAAAUGUUAGAAAAAAACUCCGUUUCACAAGGGCUUCUAGAGAGAAGGGUACUGUGAGAGAGACAAUAAGGGGCUGAUGGAGAGGAAGGAAGGCCCCAGAUUUGGGGGCAAUCUUCUGCUGACUUUUGCCCUUGUCUCACUUCCUAUUUCAUUAUGUGAGAGCUCUUUCCUGCAAUCUCCUUCUGCAAAUUUUCAAAUGAAACACCUUUCCUUCCUUCUUUCCCAAUCUUAUAUCUUCUACCAUCCAAUUUGACACAGUUAUUUCCAUUUACCAUUUCAUCACUCAUUCUAACAGGACUGGAAUAAAACCUUCUGCUUAAUUAGGCUGUGAUUUUGGCAAGGAUAAGGAACUUCUUAACAGGAGGUUUGAAAUCCUAUCAUAUCUAUUAUCAGAAAAUGGUUUGUGAAACACUGCUAAUGGUUGACAAAGAAUUGAGUAAUAUUGCUCAGAUGAGACUUGAUCUGAGUGUGCUGGCUUAAACAAAUUUGUUAACUCUACACACAAGUCCAUCAAAUUUGGGACCAUUGGUGUGCUAAAAAUUUGGUGGAUCAGGGUACAGUUCUUUACAGACCGGAAUCCUUGCUAUUAAUUUCCCUCUUUUUUUUUUUUUCUUUUUCCUUUUUUUUUUACUCUUAAAUGGAAAUAAAAAUAUAAACUAAACUAAAUCCUAACAUACAACAUCAUAAUGUCAUUCUGAUCAGAGAGGUAUUAUGGAAAAUGCUUCUGAGGGACGUGCGUUGGUCGUGACUAAGAGGCAGAGAUAAAGAGUCUCAUAGGUUUACAGGGUAAGAUACAGUCCUGUCUGCUGUAGUAUGAGCAGGGGUGAUGGUGGGUAUGGAAUAAAUGACUGCUCCAGAGAGUGGUCUCUUUCUGAGUGUUGUAUGAGUACAAACAGGCAAAAUGAUAAAACAGUAUCUCAUCACUAAUAUCAGCUCUUUUUCUGCUUUAUGUGCAUGCAGGUAGCCCUAAGCAGGCUACCUUUCUCACACUGCUGCUGCCAGACAUGAUCCUCAGUUGAAAAGCAAGAGAGCCACUGACUUACAUAUGGCACUGGGUAACAUCCUUCCAAAUUGCUUCCUCUCCACCAGAAUUACCACACCAGUAGGCAGCUGGUCUCAUCACGCCCUCCCCUCUCCCUGAUGGGGGAAACAAUAGUGACAUAGUGGUGAAAAGGCAAAAUGAACAUAAAUGAGGUAGCAGGUUACCUGUGCCCUGGAGGCCCUGGGUUAACCAACAGUGAGUUGGGGUUCAACAAGGACCACAAAUGGUGCAUCAAUGUGGACAGCUCCUGCCUACACCACUCCACACACAACAGAAACCAAUCCCACUAGAUAGACAUAGCUGUGAAAAAUGCAAGCCAUUUUACAUCUUGAUUGUAAUCUUCUAAGUCCAAAAGGAGAAAAGAAUACAAAAGGAGAAUACUGAGGGAUGUCUA